AUGACGUUGCCGGGCGGCGUCUUCUCCGCCGCGCUCGUCGCCGAGGACUUCCCGUGGGUGGAGAGGGAGGAGGAGAUGGGGAUGGCCCCGGACAAGUACAGCGAGGUGUUCGGCCUCGCGCAGCGCGGCACACGAGCCUUCCGCGACAGCCGCUUCGACGAGGCAAUAUCCUGUUACACUAAAGCUCAAAAUUUGAGACCAGAUCCAAUUAUCCUUGGCAAUCGAAGUUUGGCUUUCUGCCGGUUAAGUCAACUGUUGAGGGAGAGAUCAGCAGCUGACUCUGAAUAUCAGCCCUUGAAUGGCCUUGAUCCUACAACCCAUGCGGAGUUAGCUCUGAAGGAUGCGGAGAAGAUAUUAUCUAUCAACAGUAAUUCUCCUAGACCAUAUCUUCUCAAGGCAUAUGCGCUAAUUCUGAUGGAGCAUUACCAUGAGUCACGUGAGGCCCUUCUUGCUGGUCUUCAAGUCGAUCCCCUCAGUCAUAUCUUGCAAACCUGUCUGAAUGAUCUGGAUAGGAAUACAAAUAUUGCAGCUGGGGCAAGGCGUGCAAGGUUAGAUAGGACUGAUGAUUUUGAGUGCACAUUAUGCUUUAAGCUAUUGUAUGAACCUGUCACUACACCAUGUGGGCAUUCAUUUUGUCGCUCGUGUCUACAUCAGUCAAUGGAUCAUGGAAAUAAGUGCCCCAUGUGUCGGACAGUGCUAUUUAUUGGUCCAAGGACAUACCCUUUAAGUGUAACAUUGAGCAACAUAAUUCAGAGAAAUUUCCCAGAAGAAUAUGCUGAGAGGAGGUCCGAACAUGAGACUAUGACAUAUGCCGGUGUUGAUUUGAUGCCUCUCUUUGUUAUGGAUGUAGUACUUCCAUCCCAAAAGAUGGCACUGAACAUAUUUGAACCUCGCUACAGACUGAUGGUACGGAGAAUAAUGGAAGGGAACCAUCGGAUGGGAAUGGUUGCUAUUGAUUCAGCAACGGGUACUGUAGCAGAUUGUGGCUGUGAGGUGGAAAUUUUGGAGUGUGAACCACUUCCAGAUGGGCGCUUUUAUUUAGAGGUGGAAGGCACACGUCGGUUUCGUAUCUUACGAUCAUGGGAUCAAGAUGGAUAUAGAGUUGCUGAAGUUGAAUGGUUGCAAGAUAUACGUCUGCCAGAAGGAUCGCAAGAGAGAAGAGAACUAAUGGAAAUGGCCAAUGGAGCUUCAGAGAUGGCCAGGGCAUAUAUUAGACGUGCUAGAGAAACCAUACGGACUGCAAGGCGAACAAGACAUUUGGAUCUUGAGAGCAUGCCUGGGCCACAGGAUCCUGAGAAAUUUAGUUUCUGGCUAGUCAACUUGAUGAGUUUGAGGCCCUCGGAUAGAUUAGAUAUGUUACGCCUUCGUGACACUAGGGAGAGAAUUUCUAGUAGUAUCAGGUUGCUGAGUGAUGCCGAACAAGGUUGCCGUGUACAAUGA